GGGGCAGGGACUCACUUGCCUCUGGAAGCCCCAGCCUCCAGCACCUGUUCCUGUUGCAGCCCGGCCCGGGAUGGCAUCCUUGCUGCCAGUCCACACCUUGCCCUUGUUGCUGAUUCUGCUGGCUGUCCCGGCCCCUGGGGCUGCAGCAGAAUUCAACAUCUCAAACCUGUCCGGCCUACUGUCCCCAGCGCUAGCGGAGAGCCUGCUGGUUGCCUUGCCCCCUUGUCACCUCACAGGAGGCAACGCCACCCUGAUGGUCCGGAGAGCCAAUGACAGCAAAGUGGUGAACUCCAGCUUCGUGGUCCCUCCAUGCCGGGGUCGCAGGGACCUGGUGAGUGUGACGGACAGCGGGGCUGGCUUCACGAUCACUAGGCUCAGUGCGUACCAGGUGACGAACCUCGCCCCGGGAACCAGAUACUACGUCUCCUACCGAGUGCAGAAGGGGGCGUCCACGGAGUCCAGUCGAGAGGUCCCAAUGUCCACGCUUCCUCGAAGGAACGUGGAGUCCAUUGGGCUGGGGAUGGCCCGAACAGGAGGCAUGGUAGUCAUCACAGUGCUGCUGUCCGUGGGCAUGUUCGUGCUGGUGGUGGGCCUCAUCGUCACCCUGGCACUGGGCGCCCAGAAGUGAGGAAGGCUGUCCUGCACAGCGGGCUUCUCCAGGACGGUCCCUGCCCCCAGCAUGCCUCCUCCCAGGCCUUGGUCACCACUCUGGCUCCCUCAAUGCCCGCCCCACGCCCCGCGCCCCGCGCCUCUCCCCUGGAGCCCUUCCUCUCUCUGGGCCUCGCCUUGCCUGCCAGGGCCUCCCCUCUAAUGUCCCCGUUAGUCCCCGCCCCACUCCUGUCAGAGCCCACCUUCCUCCCUUCUCACACUCUGCCCCCACACACAACAACGCACCCUCCCUGUGACCUGGCCCUCUCAAUAAAGGCUGACUGUCGUGCGUUUCCCUUU